UAAAUGAAAAUAAUAAAAUAUUCUCCUCAAAACCGAGGCGCCGUGUUCUUGCUUGCUACUUUUUUAUCUUCUUCUUCUUCUUCAAAUCCCAUAAAUCGAAAUUGCUAAUUCUCUUCACCAAACUUGUUUCUCCGUGAUAAAAAACACAGGGCAUGGCUACCCUCAAUGAACAAGAGAGCAUCAAAUUCAAGUACGAUGAGUAUGAUGAUGAUGAUAAUGAGGGUUAUGAAGAUGGACCUAAAUGGCCUGUUGUUGAACCAAUCCCUACCAAAAAAGUGUCUGGCUACCCGAUCGUCGACUCUGGAGAUUAUGUUGAUGAUGGAUAUGAUUCAGCUGACGAGCUCUCUACCACUCCGAUUCAGAGAAAUGUGACACCACCUGAAGUGAACUUGAAAAACGUGUUGACUGGUUUGAUUGCUAUUGUUACCGGGCGGAACAAGGACUCCUCAGAUGAGAAUAUCCCUUCUUCGAAUGUUUCCUUCCUUGGCUCUGGCAAGAACGGAGAUACUUACCUUCAUUCCUCUGUUUACAUACCGAGUGCUCCCCCUCUUCUUGAACCUAGUGGGAUCAAUUAUAGUGUUUACAAGGAGUUGCUUGAAGCCGAACCUCCUGAGUGGCUCCCUGAUAGUUCGACUACUACUUGUAUGCACUGUUCUUCUCCUUUUACUGCAAUCACAUGCGGUAGACAUCACUGUCGGUUCUGCGGAGGGAUAUUUUGUAGGAACUGUUCCAAAGGUAGGUGUUUAAUGCCUAGUCGCUUUCGGGAAAGGAAUCCUCAGAGGGUCUGUGAUUCCUGCUACGAGAGGCUUGAUCCUUUGCAAGGUGUCCUCAUUAACUCUAUUAGUAAUGCUGUGCAAGUUGCAAAGCAUGAUGUUGUGGAUUGGACUUGCUCUAGAGGCUGGUUGAAUCUUCCCCUUGGUCUUUCCAUGGAAGAUGAGAUAUACAAGGCAUCUAUUACCCUCAGAGGUUACUGUCAGGUAGCAACACUAGAC